AUUCAUUGCUCCUUGAAAAAAAUAAUACGACUGUACAAGUGAUUCUUGUGACGAAAUAGGCUACAAGAUGACUGUUAAACCCUGAAGUGAGUAGGGGAAGAAAAGAGAACCUUUUACACAGUUACACAUUAUACUCGAAGAAAUUCAAUGACCAUAGAAAUGGAGAUGGAAGAGCAGGAAGAGGAAAACCAGCAGGCUGAAGAAAAAGAUGAAGAAUCGACAACAACAAAUUGUUACCCAGAAAUUUCGGAUGAAGCUGAAUACCACAAACUUGUGCAAAAUUCUGACCUUUUCUUGCAAAAGCUCAAACAUUUUCACUCUUCCUUCCACACCCAUUUCAUUUCUCCUUCUGUUGGAGGAACUACUCUAGAUUUACAUCGCCUGUUUGUAGAGGUUACGUCUCGAGGUGGUCUUGACCAAGUAAUUUCAGAUCGGAAAUGGGAGGAGGUGGUUUCUGCCUUCAAUUUUGUGACUAUCAAAAGAUCAUUUCUCCUACGCAAGUAUUAUAUGUCAUUGUUAUAUCACUUUGAGCAGGCAUAUUUUUUAAAGAAAAAAGCUCCAGCAGUUGCUAUCACUGAUGCUGCAGAACAAAUUACUGUUAUUGGCUCAACUAUGGAAUCUACUUCAGACUUCAUUGAAAAAUCUACCAACAUGAGCCAUUUGCAAGCAAGUGUCCAUUUACAGCCUGGUGCAUCUUUGAUUGGAGUUAUUGACAAAAAAUUGGAUCAUGGGUAUGUUGUGUCUGUGAAUUUGGGCUCUGAUACUCUGAAAGGCGUCCUGUAUCAUAUUCCUGAUACACCACCACCAUUUUGGAGCCCAAAUCUUACUCGGCGAAGGAAGCGGAAAAAGUCACAGUUGUCACUAGUAGAAUUUUCUCCCUUAAAGCAUGUAUCUAAAGGACAAGAAAAGGCCUUCAGCAACAUUGGACAUAUGAGAUUUCAAUCAGCAGAACCCGAGAAGCAGUUCAAUCAAGAGAAAGGACUGACUGUUAAGGAGUCUGACCAUACUGAAGUUGCCAACACAGUUGCUAAUUUAUGAUCACUUCUAAUGACAAAUUUGCACCGAAAAUCCAUCUGCAAACUGUUGAACUCCCAGUAUUUCUUCUUGUUUGCGCCAUUACUUCUUGAGCAGCUGGAGCUGGGUCAACACGUAACUGUGCUAGCCCUACAAAUUAGAAAAUUCUAGAUGUAAUAUGUUAGCUUUGGUGAUCCCUGUAUAGGCAGCAGUGACACCUGUUGUGUGACAACCGCUAAUGAAGAUGUUUAGGAAUAUAGGGCAUGUAAGUUUUAUGCCUCUUCUAUUGCAGGAGGAUGUCCUAUAAAAAUUGCUGAGCUAGGAUUGUUAAACUGCACGUCUUUUGAAAAGUUGUGACCUUAUAACUUAGGGUUCUCAUUUCAUUGAUUUACAAGUGUUCAGGAUGUUUUAUUUUGUUGUAUUGUAUAGCUUAUGCACCUCAUAAAUCUCACGUAGAAGAUUCCUCCUGGGUUUCAAA